CAAAGCGACAUUACAACGUAUUGCAGGCAUCAUUAAAUGGAUAACAUGAAGCUCAUCGUUUGAACACUGAGCGUCUUCUCUUUGUGGUGAAUUCCAUUGAACAGGGAUUUGCAAACCAUUAUAUUCUGUGUUUAUUUAUGUUUUACACAACGUCCCAACUUAAUUGGAAUUAGGUUUGGAGAUGAAAAAGGGUGGACGCAAAACAUAUCGAGUGAAAAUGCAGGUCUGUGUUGUGUAGCCUGUUUAGGACUCUGCUGUGAGGCAGCAGCUCAGUGAGGCAGUGAGCAUUCAGUCAAGAUGUGAAGAGGUUGUCUUUGCUGGUGUCUAUAAAGGUUGUUAGACAGACUGAGGCCAGCCUCACUCAGCUCAACCUUCAACUCUCAUAAUGUGAGCUUUGCCUCGUCUCUCUUGCCUCCCGUGGAGCUGUGUGGAGCCUUCGUGGUGGCCUUCGGGGAAUUCCAGAUGAUGCACUCCAAGUUCGCCUCUCUGGUCACCACCUUCUUGCCCAUCUACCCGGCCAACACGCUCGUAGUGAUCGGUACCAUCGUCACCUGCGUUUGUUACCUGGGAGUGCUGGGAGGCAUGAAGGAGAACCGCUGCAUGCUCAUCACUUUUUAUGUACUGCUGUUCAUCCUGAUGCUGGUGGAACUGGCCAUGGCCUGUGUGUUCUUCGUCUACAACAGAGAGGUGGGARACUUCUGGUACUCAUAUGUCUGUUAUGGAACCUUCUUUGAUGUCUUUUCCUAAUGA